AUGACGUGUAAAAAUGCUCUAUUCUGCAAACCAUCAGACAUGAAAGACAAGAAUUUCCAAAUGAGUAUUAAGGAUAAAUGUGAUAGGAAACAUAGAAGAAUAGACGGUAAACAAACAUGGUGUUAUGUUUUGAAAGAAGAAAUGAAAGGAUUAUAUAAACAGGUUGAACCAAACGAUAAUGAGGAUUCAUUUACUGACGAUGAAAUACCUGUAAAUGAAGCUUUAUAA